UAGUCACCUUUAUAUCCGGCCGACACUCUCUGAGAUCUAGCAUCGCGGACACAAAGCCUAAAGGUCCCUGCACAAUGCCAGGCAAGAAAAGAAUAGCACAGGGAGUGGAUUUCCAUCCUAUCGGAAACCGUGUGUGAAUGUACGGCAAUCGAUACACGGUUUCCGAUAGGUUGGAAAUCUAUUGCCUCUUGUUAUUUUCCGUUGCCUGCUGCCUGGCAUUGUGCAAAGGCCUUAAUACCCCGUGUAUCGAGAGUCGAGCGAUCCGGUCGAACGAGAAACAAGAGUGUGUCGAUAGUGAUCGACAUACCAGCAAAUGGUGACGAUACUCCUCUGUUUCGGCCGCACUUUCCGCACUUGAGACGAACACGGUGCGUGAUUCACGGUUCGGCGGGAGGGAGAUGAAAGGUCGCGAGGUACAGAUAGUGCAAUCGGAGAGGGCAGAUUCGGCGAUAUAAGGUGGUAUCGGCGAGUCGCCAGGUUGCUGGGCGAUCGAGCGAGAGAGAGGUUGACGGUGGUUGAUUUCGUAUCGCGGGUUUGUCGCGAUCGUAAUUUUUACGUGGUGUUUCGCAUUCGCUCGGGUCUCUCGCUUGCGUAACCGGACACGACGCGUAGUUAUGAGCCAGUAGAAUUUCGGCUAACUCGACAGACCGUGCGCGGCAUGUCGCCGUCGUCGAGAGACAACCAGUCCCGGCGGUUCUCCGAGAUAUGCUUCCCGGACUCGAGCCCGUGGCAGUGACCACCCCGACGAGAGCUCCGCAUUCAUCAGUGCUGAAUAAUCGAACGAUGGAGACCAACUCUGGUGAACAAAACGCGAUCAAAGUAAACGGAAAUGAGGAUCCACAGACGAAGAUCCACAGGUUGGAGUCGGAAAACGUUAAGAUGCGAGAGGAGUUCAAUGUACAAAGGGCCAAGAUGAAAGAGUUGUUUCUGCAGAAGGAAGAGGAAUUGAAACGCAGACUGGAGGAGAAUAUGGGUCUGCAAAAGGAGAACCUGAAACUAAGGAAUGAACUGGACGAAGCCAAGAGCCAGCUGGUCGUGGCAGACCUUAAGGUACAGAACGACUUAAUAAUGGAGAAGAGGAAAGCUCAGGAAGAGAUAGCGUCGUUGCAACAGGUUAUACACGAAACGGUGGAGGAGUCUUCUUGCUCAAGGAAACAUCUGGUCAGCGAAGUGUCUAAGUUACAGUUAGCUCUUUCUAAGCUUCAAGAGGAGAAUGCGUCGCUGAGAACGCAGUUGCCGCGUGACCCACCGACGGAUGGGCCACAAAUCUCGUUAUCUACAGUAACUAAAACAUUAGCUAGAAAAGUGGUUUCGCAAUUAGGUGCAGAUUCUUUAUCCUUAGGUCCUGAUUAUUUAGAGGAGAGCAUGCGGAAGGCGCAAGAGGACGCGGAGGUUUUGCGCUCGCUAGUUGUACCGCUCGAGGAGGAGAUAAAAGCUUUAAAAGAGAAAUUAAGAUCGACCGACGACGAGCUGCAAAAAUGCAAAGAGACUCAAUUACAGAGACGGCAGCAGGAGCCGGGCUCGUUUGAGCCGUCGUGUGAUAUGUGCGCGAAUUACGAAGCGCAAUUAGUCAAAGUAGAAGCGACUGCCAAGGAUUUGGAGAAGCAGCUGUUGGACACGCAACGUAUGCUGCAGGCCCAAAGGGAGGAUCUAGCUAAGGAAGUGGAGUUCCGGAAAGAGAUGGAAGAGAAGUGGAACGAGAAGAAGGAGGAGCAUAAAAUCAAAGUCGCGGAGCUUACGGUCGCCUCGCAAACGGCCCAGCAGACCUUAGUCGAAUUGAAGAGAUCCGUCGAGCAGUUUCAGAAGAACGCGUCCGAGGAACUGUGUAAAUUGACGAGGGGCAGGGAGGACGUGCAGAGACACCUCACUGUACUGCAGAAGGAAAACGAGAAUCUCGUUGGCAAGCACAGCAAGCACUCGCAACAGCUGCAAAGUGAAAGUAUCAACAUGCCUAAUACCGUGGAGGAGUUGCACGUCAGUCUCCUGAGGAUGCGCGAGGAUUUGAUCACCGCUAGAGUGGCCCAGGAGGUUGCGCAAGAGAAGGGGGAGAUGUUGCGAUACGAAGUGACGCUCCUGAGGGAACAAAUGGAGCAGGAGAGCAGGGUCAAGGAGCAGGAUAAUUCUGUGUUGAAGAACGAGAUAAGUGGAUUGAGAGUACAAUUAGAGAAGUACAUAAGAGAUCACCGUACGCUCGCCGAUCGGGAGGAGAAACUCGACCAGCUGGAGAAACGACUGCAGGAGAUCCAAAAGGAGAAGAAGGACGCGGAUUUAGCUAUAAAUGAACUACGGCAGAGAGUCUCGAGUCUGCAGCAAGAGCUGGACACCAGCGAGGCGGUGCAGAAGGACUUCGUCAGAUUGUCACAAUCGUUACAGGUACAACUGGAAAGGAUCAGACAAGCUGGUAGCGAAGUAAGGUGGCAACACGAAGAGGACGUCGAAGAAUGUCCCAGCUGCCACGCCACGUUCUCAGUCACAAAGAAGAAGGUACAUUGCCGUCACUGUGGCCAUAUAUUUUGUCAAUCUUGCCUCUCACACAUUGUGAACAGCGGGCCGAAACAAAGACCAUCCAGAGUCUGUGAUGUUUGUCAUACUUUAUUAGUGCAAGAUACCGCACCAUAUUUCAGCCAAGAACCUCCACACACGCCUGACUAAAUGUUCUAAAGUUAUGGACAAUUUUCAAGUUCAGUGAGAUGUGCAAUAUCAGUUUGGUAAUUUAGCGAUCGCUGAUUGGGCAUACCUCGACUGACGUACUGACUACAAAUUCAACUAACGAUGACUCUCCUUGGUUUACAGAGAGUGAGAGAGAGGGGGGGGGNAGAAACGUUGAUAAUAGUGUAAGAGAGUGAAGGGUUUAGAUAAGAUUCCUAUUACCUGAAAAUUGGAGUGAUACAGCAAAUAUCGUGUAAAUAUAAAAUUAUGUAUUAUCUCUAAUGGUUAUUGUAAUUUAAACAGAUUAAAGCUUUUGAAUGUAUGUGAGUUAUCCAAAGGAGAUAGUAUUUAUGUUACAUUGACUUAUAUAUAUAUCUUGAUCUUAAUUACUGAUGUAACUGAGAAUCGGCAGAGAUUUUCGUUAAAUAGAAUUUUGCAUAAAUUUACUUUCCACGCACUUGUUAAACAAGUUUUCUCGUAUACGCUGAAUCCUAUUUCUACACUUGUUUUUCUCUUUAGCCUAUUGAACGGUAAUAAUCGAGUCUGCAACUUGUUGAUAAAACGCGCAAAGUCGGACUUACUAUUAUUAUAUUUGACUUUCUAGUCCUACAAGGAAGUAACGUUAAGUUCACAACAGGUGAAUGUCGUCUUGUUAUAGAGUUGUUAUUACUUUUGGUGUGUAUCUAAUUUGCUUAAGGGAAUUUUUAAGAUUGAAAAAUGUUACACAUAGACGUAUAAUACUCCUCCAUAAAUUUCAAUAAAAUUGAAUAAGUAUUUCUAAAUAACUAGUGCAAAUGUUUUAUUUCUAGUUGCUCGAAACAUCUUCGUCAAUUCAAAGACAUUAACGCAACGAUAAUUUAAUCAUUCGUACUUUAUUAUAUUUAUAUAGGAACAAAAUGCUUGAGAGAUAUACAGAAAUUAUAUGUAUAUAUGUAGCUUUGUAAUUUAUAUAUUAUAUUUUUGAAUUUCUGGCUACCAAAUUUUACAAAUUUUCCAAACGAACAAAACACUUUUUCGUAGCUCACGAAAUUUUUUAAAAGCUUAAUAACUAUUCUCCUAAUUACAUCAUAUUAUUAACACAGGCAUAUAUAUAUAUAUACAUACAUACAUACAUACAUACAUACAUACAUACAUACAUAUAUACAUACAUACAUACAUAUAUAUAUAUUCUGGUUUUUUUUUACUUAGAAAAUACGCAAUAAGUGAGAACCGACAAAUCCGUGGAAUUUCGAAAUGAACAAUGAAAUUAAUAAAUUAUAAAUGCGUCUGUUAAGCGCGCGAUCACAACAAAGAAGAAAAAUAUCUCACGAGACCUGAGGGGCAGUUCUCUUUAAAAAUAAAAUUCUCAACAAAUAGUGCAUCGUAAAAUAUAAAAUAUAGACAUGAACAAAAACUAACGAUUG